AUGCCCCCCUUCUUAUCCCAUCAUUACUACGAAAAUCGUAUUUUGGAUGAUGGGACUGAUUCUAGACAUAGCCAUGUGUUAGCUACAGAAUCCAGGCGCAAACGGCGCCAUUCUAUCGCAAGCCAAAAGCAUGUACUCGAAAAGGAGAGAUACAUACGACGGCCAAGGCCGGAGGGGUUUGGUGUCCUAAAGGCUCCGACGCCAGAGCCGACAUCUAACAAGGGCAAGGAGAUAGAACAGGACUUCGUGAAACAGUACCCUAAUUCGACCAUCAAACAGUUAUGGGAUGCUUUUGGCUAUACAGGUCCAAUUAAGAAGGGUAUUGUGAGCGGCCGGCUUUUACCAGGCAAGGGAAUCGUACGGCCUAAGUAUUAUAAGACCGGCAUUCCGACUUAUGUAGACUAUCCAAGGGACACUGACUAUCGCGGGUAUUUUAUCAAUGUGUUUGUGCUGAUGCACUUUAGGCAAGACGAUCCCAGAGGGACCAUCAAAAGUGAGAUGGAAAUCGAGGGUAUACGUAAGGCUUGUAGGAUAGCAAGGGAGAUAUUGGACUCUGUUAAACCACUUGUAGUGGAAGGGGUGUUCACUGAUGACAUCGAUCGUUUGGUUCAUAAAAUGUGUCGUAUUAAAGGGGCCUACCCGUCACCGUUGAACUACCACGGUUUCCCAAAGUCUGUUUGUACUUCGAUAAACGAAAUAGCUUGCCAUGGUAUUCCUGACUCUACUAUCCUUGCGGCGGGUGACCUUUUGAAUGUCGAUGUGACUGUUUAUGUUGACGGAUUUCAUGGCGAUGUCUCUGAGACGUUCAUGGUCCUGCCGUCGAAGGACCCCAAGCAGAUUAUGAAACGAAAAACUGAGAUAGGGAUGUAUGAACGUAACAAAAUGCGAUAUCAUGCAGCAUUUCAUGACAAUAUAUGGGAUGCUGGAGCUACUAUAAUGAUGCAACUUAAUCUUCUGCAGACAUUGGAUGCAACAGUUCGCAGGCUGGGACCUAAAGACGGGUGGGAGGAAUGGUUUGAGAAAUUGUAUACUGACGAUCCCCAACGUAAACCUCUUUUCUUGAGUAGAGAGGAGAACGACCUGCAACAUGUUGGAUCGAAACUUCUGGAGGAUAUAGAGGAGUUGUAUGGUGAAGGGUCUGAAGGCCGCCCCUAUGAGGGUAGGAUUGCGGGGCUGUCCGCAUCACAAAUACCUACAUAUAUAUCGACACCUGGCCAACCUAAAAAAUUUGCAACGGUGGAGAGCCCUGAAAUCAUCAAACAUAUAUUCCAUAAGGCCGACCCAGAAAGAUACCGUAAACCCUAUUUGUUUUCGCACACAUUCGAUGAAGAUGUGGAGCUUAUGAAAGUUACUUACGAAGCUCUUAUGAAAGGAAUCGAUGUUUGCGGUCCGGGCGUGCGGUUAAGCGAGAUUGGGCGUGUUAUUUCCGAGUAUCUAGAAGAGCGUGGAUGUUACGUUCUACCUAAUCUUGUUGGUCAUGGAAUCGGUCGUAACUUUCACGAGAACCCUAUGGUCCAUCACACGGCCAACGACAGUGACGUGAUCAUGGAGCCGGGGAUGGUAUUUACGAUCGAGCCCAUAGUUACACGCAGCAAAUUUAAAGAGUGUAUUAUGUGGCCUGAUGGAUGGACUAUGGCGACUAAAGAUGGUAAAAAGACAGCACAGUUUGAACAUACCAUCUUGAUCACUGGGACCGGUCACGAUGUUCUCACCAAGCGUCUGCCCUCGUCACCGGCGCUGUACUGGGAAGAACCGGUUGACGCCAUCUAUUGA